AUGCCGGCGCAGUCUGGAAAACGGUCAUUGGGAACUCGCAUGUCACUUUGGCUUGCAACUGCUGUCUUUUUCUGCGCAGCAACACUGCUUGUCGGGCCAUACCUCGGCCGCCAACCCCAGCGCCUCGUUCACCAGCAAUCCAAGCCACGCGACGAGGUUGCCAUCCCGCUGCACCCACAGCUACACAAUAACCGAGAUGCAAAAACACUACACUUCGACUGGACAGUCACAUCCGGACUACGCAGCCCAGAUGGGGUCGAAAAACGAGUCUAUCUUGUCAACGGGGAAUUCCCUGGACCAACAAUUGAAGCCCGCUCAGGCGAUAGAGUCAUCGUACAUGUCCGUAAUCAUCUUGCGGACGAAGGCUUAUCCAUUCACUGGCACGGCUUGCGUUUGAGGGGCAACAACACUAUGGACGGGGCUGUUGGUAUCACGCAGUGUCCCAUUCCCAGUGGCAGAGACUUUGUCUAUGACUUUAACAUUGGACCCGACGAGCAUGGAACGUUUUGGUGGCACAGCCAUCACAAGGUUCAGCGUGGUGACGGGCUAUUCGGCGGACUGGUUGUCCAUCCUCCACAGCAGCACGUAAAGCCUCACGACUACGACGACGUUCUUCUCAUGAUCGGGGAUUGGUUCCACCAGCCACAAGCAGAUGUGCUUGAGUGGUAUGCAAGCUGGACAAGUCUUGGCGAUGAGCCUGUGCCAGAUUCUCUUCAGAUUAACGGCCAUGGCCGAUUUGACUGCGCCAUGGAAAUGCCUGCAUUCCCAAUUAACUGCACAGAUAGGGCUGUUACUGACAUGACGCCCAUUUUUCGUCGCAAGGCUGCCCAGACGAGGUUGCGGCUUGUCAAUGUCGGUACGAUAUCCGGCCUUAGCCUCAUGGUAGAUGGCGCCACUCUAGAGCCAAUCCAGGUGGAUGGUGGAUGCGCCGUCCAAUCGUCUGCAGCCGAUGCCAUCGGCGUCCUCUAUCCUGGCGAACGCACUGAUUUGAUGCUCUCGUGGAAGGAGGGGUCCGAAAGCCAGCCAUGGCUCAACAUAUACUUGGAUGAUGAAAACUAUUCAAGACCGAAUCCCUCGCUCAUUGAGGAGCAGGCAUUCCCAGCUCUACCAGACACACUCCUUGCUGCCAACUUCCAGCCGCCCAGAGCUCUGGCCGCAGUGCAAACGCAUAUCAGCCUAGACAAACUGGCUUCCGAUGCUCCGACGAAGACAGGUCUUCCUCCCGCUCAGCAGACGAUCUUGUUUUAUCUCAAAACAAUGAUCAAGUCUCAUCUCGGUAACCGGCCACACGGUUACGUAAAUCACACCACGUGGAAGCCGCAGUCUAAGCCGAUCCUCUCACAGAGUCGCCAGGACUGGGACGAUAACCAGUUCUUUCCCUACCUGCAGAGUGGACCCGAUCCUGUGCAUGUAGACCUCGUUAUCAACAACCUCGACGACGGCUCACAUCCGAUGCAUCUGCACGGACACUCCUUUUACGUCCUGUCAUCCUUUAGAGCCGAGGGCCGUGCAGGCUGGGGCAGCUACAACCCUUUCGAUCCUGGGAGGAUAUUACCGCGGCCGUUGAACCUGGCAAACCCUCUCGUCAAGGACACCGUGAGCGUGCCUCGGCGUGGGCAUGUUGUGCUGCGGGUGCUGGUGGACAACCCCGGGCUCUGGAUGCUUCACUGCCACAUGAUGGUCCACAUGGGUACGGGUAUGGCAGCGGGAUUCCAUGUCGGCCCGGCAGAUGACGAGCAGCAUACGCUCGCUCUCAGUUCGGCAGCAGCCGAUGUAUGUGAAACCUCGUGA